UGACUUUUCAAGAUCUGUGUGGGGAGUAAAAUAUCAACAAAAGCGCGACGCAGUAACCAGUGACAUGUACUACUAUAUUAUUGGAAUAUUCAAUUUCCUUUAAUACAAAAAUGAACAUCAUGGUGAGGGUUUUGACAGCGAUUUUGAUAGCAACGGUCUUUAAUACGACUAAAGUGGAAUGCAAGGGUUUGGAAGAAGCAGACUUCAACGUGUUCCGAUUUAACCAAUGCCCCUUGGCAAGUUUGAGAGUACACCUCCUGUUUGACCUAACACCAAGGCAGUGUGCAUACGAAUGCGCAGUGCGGGCUUCGUGCAAAGGGGCCGGGUAUAGCCCGGGUUUUAAAUGCUGCGAACUAUUUGAUGUGGACGAGGUGAACUCGAAUAACAGCGAUGAUCGACGAUGCAACUUUAUCAGAAAAAGCGACAUCAGCGCAGUUGAGGGGAUGAGCGAAUGCGCAACGGGUGAAAGAUAUAAUCGCAAAUCGAAUCAGUGUGGUAAAAGAGAAUGUCCAGCAGUGGAGCCUGUUAUAAACGGUGUCAUACUUGGGAACAGUUUCGAACUUAACUCACGGCGAAUGGUCCGAUGCAACCCGGGAUACUUUGAGAAAACCGGUCAGAACACAAUGCUUUGUUUGAACGGGAACUGGAACUAUACGCCGGAGUGUGUACCUAAUAUCAACGAAUGCACAGUCAAUACUACCAGCCCAUGCCUUAACGGAGCAACAUGCACGAAUACCAUUGGUUCGUUCACUUGCACAUGCGUACCAGGAUUUACCGGACCACUGUGCGGAACAGAUGUCAAUGAGUGCAUAUAUCCAUCUGGAAACCCGUGCAGGAAUGGGGGCUCUUGCACAAACAAUGUUGGAUCGUAUACGUGCGCAUGCGCACCGGGCUAUAGUGGAGCUUUGUGCGACAACGAUAUCAACGAAUGUACAGUAAAUACUACUAGCCCAUGCCUAAACGGAGCUACAUGCACGAAUACCAUUGGUUCGUCCACUUGCACCUGCGUACCAGGAUUUACCGGACCACUGUGCGGAACAGAUAUCAACGAAUGUACAGUAAAUACUACCAGCCCAUGCCUAAACGGAGCUACAUGCACGAAUACCAUUGGUUCGUUCACUUGCACAUGCGUACCAGGAUUUACCGGACCACUGUGCGGAACAGAUAUCAACGAAUGUUCAGUAAAUACUACCAGCUCAUGCCUAAACGGAGCUACAUGCACGAAUACCAUUGGUUCGUUCACUUGCGCAUGCGUACCAGAAUUUACAGGAUCACUGUGCGGAACAGGCGGCUUUAUGACGUUGCCGGACUAUGAAAGUGCGUGGACAGAUAUCGCCUCCAGUAAUACCUCUGCCAGCAGCUACAAGGAGUUCGCUCAUAAACUUGGCGAGGUCCCAAUCCUUGUAGACGUACAGGUGAAGGCAAUCGAUGGGCCGAACAAGGGAUAUAUCUUCCAAGCAUCAGGACACCAGCAGCGCGAUGAUGACCAGCCGGAGGAGUAUGGCGGCGUCAUCUUCAUUUACUCUGAGACAUCUGUGCGUGUCAGUGCGCCCCUCUACAGUAACAGCCAUCUGGGAAGAACAAUUUACACGGGAGAGUCUCCUUACUGGGUUGGCCCUAAUACACAAGACAGCUGGAGUGCUCAGGUACGAGUGCGGUGUUGGCGGAAGUCGUCACUCCCCAAACCAGACUUCUCAAAGACUGGGACCACCAUAAAAUCUACGACAAAAUUGGCGGCUGAUUCUUAUAAGAAUAUAAGCCAUGGUAUUAACGGUACACCAAAUCUCGUGGUCUCACGCAUACAGUUUGAUCUAGCCGGAACCACUGUAUAUGCCGACUCAGUAGGGUCGGCUGGGGUCAUCUAUCUGAACGAUAAUUUCACUUCAAACGGUUACGUUGUGUUUGGGUACGAUUCCUCAAAUAUCCAGAUUUGGGCGCCUUCAGACAUCUAUGGACGCCUUGUUAGCAUGGGGGACGGCUACGGGAUUAGUGGUCAAGCAACAGUGGCUGACUUGCAGCUCUAUGCGUGGAGUAACCAGACUCUUCCCUACAACACUUGCGGUACUCUGAAACUAAGUUCAACCCAAAACGGAAGUGAAAAAAUACUCGACUUUAAACCGGCCGGGAACGAAAACCAGGUCUUUACUCGGGCUUGGAUUCAUUCAUCGAUUAGCCCCAGCAGCGGUUACAGGUUUCCCGGUACGGGGGCAUUGUCCUACGAGACUACUGCCUACGACAGGCCGUGCACAUAUGGCGGUAUGGUGUACGCCUACACCACUCAGGCUGCUCGCUUCUGGCAGCCGGGCAACGCUAAUGGCGCCAUGGUCUGCAUUGCCAGCUGUCUGGGAACUGCAAUCAACAAUCAGGCGUUAAACGAGGGCACCGCAGUACUGCAUUCAUGGGAACUGGAUGUUAACGAGUGCCGAACUAAUCCUUGUAAGAAUGGAGCAACGUGCGAGAACUAUUUCCAUAGUUACGCCUGCAGAUGCGCCCCUGGAUACGCUGGCAUGCUCUGCGAAAACGAGGCUGUGUAAUUAAAGAGGAGAGCAGUUCAAUCCCAAUCUAUAUCGGCGUAUAACAAUGACAAAAUAGCCUGUGAUAACAACGUAGUUUUAAGGAAGCUCACCCGUGAUAAUUUCCCGCGAUUUCUUCAAAGAUCGAAGAGCCCUUUUACCUGUUUACGUAUGGCUAUCUAAUUUAAGCUAGUAUUAAUGUAAAGGCGAUAGACUUGAAAUCUUUUGGGAUCUUCCCGCGCAGGUUCGAAUCCUGCCGACAACGCAUACUUUUUGCGACGCGUUUUAUUUCUUUUCUCACGUAAUUUGAUUUAAUAUAGCAUAUAAGCUAUGUUUAUGUUAAAUAUGUUGCAAUUUGUAUGCAGAUUCUUCAUUUUUUUUAAAUUUAAACAACGUUAUGGCUAAAUUGGGUGAUUUAUUGCAGAAAAUACGAAUCAUGCGCGUUGCAAUUUUAUUUUUAUUUUAAAAAGUAAACGGUAAAUCUGUCUAUUUCUUGGUAUUUUUGCUGUAUAUAGUGUAUCUUAAAAAACUAAGUUCAAAAUAUUACUUAAAUAAUACUAUUAACAUUUUUAUGACACUUUGUUUUUAACCAACCAAAUUUCUACUUGGCUGAAACCACUUACAUUUAAUGGCGCUCUUUCAUAAAUAACAAGUUAUAAAAAAUAAAUGUCUGUACAAGAAUACUUAUUUCGUCUUGUUCAAACUUUAAACACCUUUACUGCAUCUGUACACACCAACUGCAUGCCCAUAUUUGGAAAUCUGGAUUAUGAAACUUUCAUAUACCCCAGGGUAAUAAAUUAACUUGACAAAAGCCAAGCGUGGGGAUGGUUUUGAAGAAAAUCAGUAUAUUUUUUUUUUAAGCAUGGAAAGCCUAUCUAAAAAUUUACCUUUAGUUCAAUGAAAUGAUGCUGAUUAAGAAAAUAAUACAUAAGAUUAUAUUUCGAAAGGUGCCCAUUACGGGUGCGCUACCUUAAUACAAUCUUUAUAUUGUUGUGCUUACAUUUUCUUUUAUGUUAUUGAAAUGUUUGAAAUAAUAGUGCAAUAUUUACAAUAGAUAUUUUACGCUCACUGUUGUAAGAUUUACAUAAAACUUAUUUUAUUCUUAAUUGUAUUUGUCUAAACAUUGGAAAUGUAUACAAGUAUUCUUUUAAAUGUCUAAAAGACGGAAUGUUUUUGUUUUGAAUGAACAAUACAUACUAAAUAAUAAUAAUUUGUUGUAGUGAGUGUUUCCAACUAUCAGUAAAAAGUUAGAAAAGGUGCAUUGGUAAAACUUUUGUGAUAGAUCCUUAAAUUUGUCAUUCUUAUCUGAAACUCUUUUUGGAGUUUAACGUUGAGUCUGCAAUGAUUUUUGCAACAUUCUAUCAUUAUUUGUGAAAUGAAUUUAUGAUUUGGCAGAUCUCUGGCGUAUUUUGUAGGCCUAAAACAUGUCAUUAUACAACAAAAUUUGUAGCAAAAACGUAAACAGUUUUAUAUAUUUAAUGAUUUAACAUCAUAAAUAUUAGUUUAGUACAAUCUUAGUUUUACAUACUGGGCCAUGUAAUAGAUAGUACACACUCAAAAGUAAAGCAAUCAACAAAAACAUCCACUAUCAUGCACAAGAGCACGAUGUUAGCAUGAUGUUUAAUAUAAUAUGAAGAGUCUUAAUAUAAUAAGAAUAGCAUGCAGAGACAGAGUCAAGAGUGGCGAAAGUUGGAUGUGGCUAAAGACCCAGAUUUGAAAGUAUGUUUUGCCUGAAUAUAUGUGAUGUAUCUUGGUCACCAAACGCUAUCCUAAUGGUGGUUUUAUAUAUUAAUUGUAUGUAUUUUUGUCUGCGCGCAAUUCUUUAAAUUAAUUGAUAAGAUAAACGUUUAUAUAAGAGAUUAUACUACUACUGCUACUACUACUGCUACUACUACUACUACUACUACUACUACUACUACUACUACUACUACUACUACUACUACUACUACUACUACUACUACUACUACUACUACUACUACUACUACUACUACUACUUCUUCUACUACUACUUCUACUACUACUACUACUACUACUAUUACUACUUCUACUACUACUACUACCACUACUACUACUACUACUUACUACUACUACUACUACUACUACUACUACUACUACUUCUACUACUACUUCUACUACUACUACUACUACUACUAUUACUACUUCUACUACUACUACUACUACUACUACUACUACUACUACUACUACUACUACUACUACUACUACUACUACUACUACUACUACUAUGUUAUGUAUUCAAAUUUGUAUGUCUUAAUUUAAUGUGAGCUGAUUACGUAUGAUUUAUGUUGAUACCCUCCUGUUAUUUUAUAUUUCACUUGAUGUAUUUAUACGACACGGAUUAAAUGUUUAUUUGGGAGUUAUAGAUAACUUAAUUAUAUAUUUAAGGCUUACGCAUUUAUUGAAAUUUACAUUCUACUGCUUUUUUAUAAAUAUUAAUGUACUAUUUGUUUUUUUCUUAUGUAUAUAAGAAUGCAAGUGAUACUUGCUGAUUUUGCAUAGAAUUAUACUGGUGAUGCUUGUUGCCUUUGUAUAGAAGUAUACAAGUGAUGGUUGUUGCGUGUGUAUAUGAUAAUACAAGAUAUACUUUCUGCUUUGUAUAAAAGUAUACACAAUAUGUAUAUGUCAAUACAAGUGAUACUGCUUUUGUAAAUGAGAAUACAACUGAUACUUGCUGCUUUUGUAUAUGAGAAUACCAAUGAUAUUUGCAGUUUUGUAUAUGAGAAUACAAGUGCUACUUGCUGCUUUUGUAUAUGAGAAUACAAAUGAUAUUUGCAGUUUUGUAUAUUAGAAUACAAGUGCUACUUGCUGCUUUUGUAUAUGAGACUACACAUGAUAUUUGCAGUUUUGUAUAUGAGAAUUUACGUGAUACUUGUUGCUUUUGUAUAUGAGAAUACAAAUGGCAUUUUGCUACCAAAACAAACGCAUGUAAGAAUUAUCAAAUCCUUUUAACCGUUUAUUUACAUUAUAAAAGGGUAAACAUGGAAUAGUAUUAAUACUUUACGUAAGUUUUCAUUUUUCAAAACAUUGAAUUACCAGUUUACUCUUUAUUAUAUUUCCCUUCGCAUGAAAUAAAUGAUUAUGCUUUAUAUAUAAUGGUAUUGCAGACGUGCGUUCUUUUAUGAAUUGUGUUUUGCACAAAUGUUGUUGUUGGUAACUUAAUAAUAUAUAUUGUGAUGUGUAAACGCGUUUUCAAUUUAACUAUCGGGAAUUCAAUUGUUUUUCAAAUAACAGCAUGAACAAUGUGUAUUCUCUUUUUGUUAACAAAGCAUCUUUAGUUGUAAAAAGUAGCAGGAUGGUUCACCCAAAGUGAAAGGAAAAGUGGUAAUAUUUUCCGUUUCUGUGCUAUAGAUUGUUCUUAAAAAUUAACAUGUAUUUUUUUGUUCAAUAACAAUUGAUGAACAGUUAAUUGUCUAAGGUAAAACAACACAACAAACUUCCCUUGAGUACAUUGGUGUUACCUUUUAUCACACACAGUGCCAUUGAAACAUAUCUUACAUAAUUAUAAAUGAAGACAAAGCUGACUUAAUCCAAAUUAUACCAGUAUUCACGAAGUGUACAUUUAACUUGUUAGAAUGGUAGACGUUUUUAACAAAAAUAAAAACAACACCAGGAAUAAAUUGGAACCUGGUUAUAAUAAGCUGUAUAUCUGCUUUUGUCAAGCACUAUUGUUAAAGAAAAUGAGCAUGUAACUGGCGAUGAAAAUAGCAUUAGCAUAUUAUACAUGUAUGCAACGGUAUUGUUAUCACGUUAUCUAUACUUGUAUAUUGUAAGAUCAACUUGAAAAAAUAUAUACAUGGAUACAAAAAGUUUUAUAAAAAAGUACGCUCCACAAAACAUAUCAGUAUUUCACUUAGGAACAUAUGAAAUGUUGAAUGCUCCGAUUUCGUUGGCUUGGACUUUUCUGAUAUUGUGUCUGUAAUGGGCAGGUUUAUUAUAGUUAUGGGCAAUUAGAAAUUAUUGUUUCAUUAUUGACUUCGGACAUGUGUCUUUUUUCUUUAAUAACGUAUAUUUGUUUCUGUGUAAUCAAAAUUGCACAUAUUUUCCUUUUCGGUCACUGUACGUACGUGUCUUUACAAGACUUAGUGCUUUACUUUUAAA